AUGGUAUUAGAUGACAAGCAGACUGUAUUAACAAUUUCCAUGGCUUAUUCUGGUUGCAGUUGUCAUUUGUCAAGUACAUGUGUGAACCAACUUUCCAUUUAUAAGAAUGAUUUUGGUAACAUAACAUUAUUCGAUGUACCAGGUUUCUAUAUAGGAUGCUAUGUAAUUGAAGCAUUACUUCAAUCAACUCUUCAGUGCUUUUAUGACCAAACCUGUAUAGAUGAAUUACUACUUUACUUAACAACUGCUUCGCCAAUAAAUGUAACAGCUCUUGAUCCAUCUUUAUCAAGUCAAUAUUCUGAAGAUUCAACAAUUGAAAAUCUUCUUAAUAGUUUAAUGAUCGAAGAAUGGAAUCCAAUACAAAUAUACGAUCGAUAUUAUAAUGAAUGUCAACCUAUAGAAUGUACUUAUACUAUUAAAACAAGAAAUAGCGUAAUUUACAUUAUCACCACAAUGUUUGGUAUCGUUGGUGGUCUUAUAACAGUUUUAAAACUUGUUGUACCACGGCUUGUCAAGUUCAUAAGAAAGAAGAGAAGUCGAUUAUCACCAUCAAACAUUGGAGUUUCAUUGGCUACCUACAUUCGCAAUUUGUUUCCAAUAUUGAAAAGUUACUUUUUAACAUUAAAUUUAUUUCCAUCUGUGCCAGCGUCAACUGAUGAACAUCAACUUAAAAAUCAAAAAAUAUCAACAAGACUAUACGUUUUAUUGCUCAUCCUAUCAAUAACAAUUCUUCUCUUAUAUACAUCAUUAGCCGACAUUACAAAAACUAUCAAUGUUCCUGCACCUGCUCUCACAAAAUAUGAACAGUUAUACUCAAAAUAUUCACAAACUCUUACUUGUCCAUGUCAACAUAUAUCAAUCAACUAUGAAAAGUUUCUUUCUAUUGAAUAUACAUUUCAUCAAGUAUGCACUAGUUUUUUUAUUACCGAGGAAUGGAUUUCAUAUCUGAUGAUGUCUAAUGAAGCUACAUCGGCUUAUAUUAACUUUCAAUGGACAGCUUCAAAUGCAUUUCAAGCUUUACGUGGAUUUUGUGAAUUAGUUGAAAGUACAAUUAAUAAUAGUUUGAUUCAAUUUAAUUCAAGUCAAUACAUCACUGCAUCUGUCGGAUCAUCAGAAUUAUUUAAGUCACAAGCUCAGUCAUUUAUUGAUCAGUUUAUAUCAUCAACAAUAAAUACUUUUGUGUUAUCUCUUAAUACCAUUCGAAACUCAACUCACGGAGAUAGUUUAGUCUCUGGCUUAUGGACAAAUUACGUAAUAACCUUAGGUACAUCCGUAUCUAAUGAAGCUAUUGUUUUUACCGUUCCAGCCGGUUACUCUAAGUGUGGUUGUGCUCAAUCAAGUACAUGCAUCGCACAAUCUUCCAUUUUGAGUAGUCAGACUAACAUGGGAACUUUUUAUGUACCAGGUUUCUAUACAGGAUGCUAUGUAAUUGAAGCAUUACUUCAAUCAACUCUUCAGUGCUUUUAUGACCAAGCUUGUAUAAAUGAAUUAAUACUUUACUUAUCAUCUGUUUCGCCAAUAAAUGCAACAGCUCUUAACUCAUCUUUAUCAACCCAAUAUUCUGAAGAUUCAACAAUUGAAAAUCUUCUUAAUAGUUUAAUGAUCGAAGAAUGGAAUCCAACAAAAAUAUAUGAUCGAUAUUAUGAUGAAUGUCAACCUAUAGAAUGUACUUAUAGUAUUAAAACAAGAAAUAGCGUAAUUUACAUUAUUACCACUAUUUUUGGUAUUAUUGGUGGUCUCAUAACAGUUCUAAGGUGCGUUGUACCACAAAUGGUCAAAGUUUUCAAUGUAACAGGUUUCUAUGUAGGAUGUUAUACGACUGAAGCAUUGCUUCGAUCUACUCUCGAAUGCUUUUAUAAUCAGACCUGUAUAGAUAACUUACAAAUUUAUUUAUCACCUCAUUCGCCAAUGUAUGUAACAGCUCUUGAUUCAUCUUUACCAAGUCAAUAUUCUGAAUAUUCAACUAUUGAAAAUCUUCUUAAUAAUUUAAUGAUUGAAGAAUGGAAUCCAACACAAAUGUAUGAUCGAUAUUAUGAUGAAUGUCAACCUAUAGAAUGUACUUAUACUAUUAAAACAAGAAAUAAUAUACUUUAUGUUAUCACGACAUUAAUUGGUAUAAUUGGUGGAUUAACAAGAGUUUCAAAAAUUCUCGUACCAAUAUCAGUUAAAAUCAUCGUAUAUUGUAUUCGAAAAUGGAGAAAUAGAGUGGUUCCACAAAUAUCAAUUAUUCAGACAUGA